AUAGUGCCUCAAAGCUGGGUUCUCAUUCCUGGGAACAAGGGAACAUCACCCUUCCAAACCCCUACUUCCCCUCUUUCCAUUCAAAUAUAUCACAAGCCCUCGGUGAGUUUUAAAGCAAGGCCUGCCUCAGUUUUAGGGUUUCGAUUUCCUCCCUGGAUCGUGCCGAUCCAUGGCACUGUGAAGGGGUCCUUGUGAAUCCUGAGCUGCACUGAUGUCAGCCAGUUUUGCGGUGAAGAGCCUACGUCGUCGUUGGCUGAGAGGUGGAUUGCGGUCUUGGUACUGAGUACAGAUUCAAGCGCAAAGUAAUCGUCCUCUGCGGCCCUGCCUUGAUGUGGGUUGUUUUCUGGAAAUGCACUCAGAAGACGGUGUGACAAACAGAUCAGACCCCAGGGUUUGUUGUCGUCUCUUUCCAGGGGACUGUAAUUGAGGGGAAAGAUUGAGCCAUGAGUACCCCAGGCGCGGCGCCACGGAGCGCAUCUAGAGGUGGGAAGUCACAAUCUCUAUUCUACAGAGAUUUAUCAGCGUCUCCAAUCACUAGAGCGCCAGCAUCUCGCAGAGAGCUUGGAACGCCAGGGCAAGCUGCUGCUGCAGCAGCACUAUGGCGCGAGAACAUCGGGGGAGUCGAUCCACCUCCUCCCAUGUUCACCUUGGAAGAUCGAAUUGAGAGACCUGUGGAUGCUGCAUCCGUGGCCGACCAAACAUACCGUAAUACAGAUUCUAACAAGUACAUGGACGGAAAGUCUCCUGUUAGGACCCCGUUGAGCAAUAGCCCAGGAGGCUUUAAUAACUACAAUUACCCUGACCCAAUCAUGAGUAAUUCUAUUUUUUCUGCAUCUCCCCCAACUCCCCCCCAAAAUCAAUCAGCGGGAAGUCCAAUCUGGUGGUCAUCUUCGAAGGAUCGUAGCAUGCAUGAUGGCAUUUCAGGAAGGGCUGGAGAUAAAGACGGAGGAAGUCCUGUGUCCGGAGUUGUGCAACCACAGCAACAGCAACCUGGAGGCUUACUUGCUUUAGAGCCUCCUCGAGAUAUUGUCCGGCCCAAGGUCCAGCGCUUUAGAGGUGCCACUGAUGUUGUGGAAGGUGAUGAGUGGGUAACAAUUUUCGGAUUUGGCGCAGAAGAAACAAAUACAGUCAUGCGUGAGUUCGAGAAAUGUGGCCCCAUCGUGGAUUAUGUCUCUGGACCUGGUGGAGCUAAUUGGGCACACAUUAAAUAUCAGAAUCGAUAUGAUGCUAAGAAGGCGCUCCUUAAGGAUGGAACGCUGCUAAAUGGAUCUCUUAUCGUUGGUGUCAAGCCCUUGGACCCAGCACAACUACAGGUACUAACUGAUAAACGAGAACACCCAGCGUCCAUGACUCUUCCCCCUCGAUCAACUAGUUGGGGAGCAGCUAAUGCCAGCGGGCAUGUGUCACAGCGUCCCUAUUAUGUGCAGCGUACAGAAAGUGGAAACCGAUCUGCUGGUGUGCUUGCUACACCAGCCAAAUCCACCGUCUCUAAAUUUGUGGAUUUUGUAUUUGGUAUGUGACAAAAAGCUUUGUUUACGUGGAAGGUACGAGUGGAUGAAAUUACAUACCAGUGUAGGACAGAUCAGUAUGAUGUGAAGGUUAUCUGUUCACGUGUCUGAGUAUCAAAGGCGAAGUUUGCUUUUGUCGGCAUUGCCCUUCAGCCUGCUAUUUACGAGAGCUAAUUUAGAUAACAAAAAAAAACAAAAAAACAAAACGACAACAACAACAACGACAACGACAACAAAAUUAGGAAUUCAUGUAUUCUAUUAGUUUGUGUCUUCCAUUGCGGAGUCUACAUAACAUUAAGUGGCCUUAGGCACAUUGAGCCUAUUACUUGGAAAAGAGCUCCUCAAACAGGAUAAAUCCACAAGUGGGUGCUCUUUUCAAUGAUUAAAUCUGCAAUCACAGAAUGUUACUGGAAAUGUAGUAGAGCAGUCCCAAAGAAAAAACUCCGAGUUCUUUCAUUGGGGCAUAUCAUGUUGUGAAAAUGCAUGCUUCUAUUAUGGGUAAUCAGGUCUGUUCCUUCCCUGUU